GACGCACCUCACCUCGAGCUCACCAUCACCACCACGACCCCCGUCCUCCCCAUCCCACUCCCCACUCCGCAACCAAAAUGGCCUCCAUCGCCCGCACCUUCGCCGCCCGCGGCUACGCCACCGCCGCCUCGGCCGUCAAGGCCCCCGUUCAGCUCAACUCGCUGACCGGCACCUACGCCACCUCGGCCUACCUUGCUGCGCUCCGGAAGGGCCCCAAGGAGCUCGACGCCCUCGCCAAGGACGUCGAGGUCUUUGACAAGAAGAUCAAGGAGGACAAGAAGGUCCAGGCUCUGAUCGACAACCCCACUCUCUCCGCCGCCGAGCGCGCCGAGGCCCUCAAGGGCGUUGUUCCCUCGGGCUCGUCGCCAUACCUCCUCAACCUCCUCUCGGUCCUCUCGGAGAACGGCCGUCUCUCGUCGGCCGGCAAGGUCUUUGCCGACUUCCACACCCUCAUCGCUGCCUACCGCGGCGAGGUCGAGAUCACCAUCACCUCGGCCGAGCCCCUCGACUCCAAGUCGCUCACCCGUCUUGAGAAGGCCAUCAAGAACACCUCGGUUGCUGAGGGCAAGACCCUCAAGUUUGUCAACAAGGUCAACCCCUCGAUCCUCGGUGGCCUCGUCGUCGACUUUGGAGACAAGACGAUUGACCUUUCGGCCGUCUCGAAGGUCAACCGCUUCAACGCUGCCCUUGCUCAGGGUAUCUAAGUGAUAGAGCGAAUAGGUGCAGAUGAAUGAAUAGCAUUGCCAUGGGUGGG